CCGAGUUCUCGGUCAAGAUGCAGCAAGCGACGCGGCAGCCGGGGUCGGUUCAGGACGUUGCGCGGAUCGUCGAUUUACACUUACUCCGCGAACCGGACAAGUUCUUUACGGAAAAGUUCAUUCCCGCCUUAACAGAGGGCGUUUUCACCGGGUUGCUCCGUUGCUCCACCAGCAGCUCCGGUUGCUCUCUGUCCAACAUGAUGAAAGCGGGAGUUCUCAGCACCACCACCUGCAGCCACUUGGGCGAGAUAUGACAGUGCACAACUCCCCCUCCCCAUCAUUUGUAUCGCAUGCAUGGCAAUACAACCGCCAGCGAGAAUGCAGGUUUUCGUUUUGCAUGACAAAUUUGCACAGGAUUGUAGUGCUAUUUGGGCUUCCGGAGUUUGUCAUGCAAACAGUGCCAAGAGGCACAGUCCGGAUUUGGUGUUUUGCAUGACAAAUGAGGGGGAGGGGGAGUUGUGCACUGUCAUUCGAGAAAGUACUCGAUGUGAAGCCAACCGCGACGAACGCGCUGACCGCUUCCGGAGUGGAGAUUUUCCAGUCGCUGCUCUACACGACGUAUCCUGUGCAAAAGUAUCGAACUCGCAUUGCAGUCAUGCAUUACAAAUCUUCUCCUUAAGGUAAAUCAGCAUUACAAAUUUUAUUUCUCAUGCUGAGGAAAUUUGUAAUGCAUCUAUACGAGUGCGAUACUUUUGCAAUCCAUACGAAGAGACGGGCCACGGCGAAGGAGAUUCUGGAAGCCCACAGCGGGGUGUGGAAAAACCGGAAACCGGGCGACAUGAGCAAUUUUCUCUCCAUGAACCCGGAAACCGUGCCCCGGAAGAAAUCGGAGGAUAAACC